ACCCACUGCACGCGUGCCACACAUCACCGUCGACUUCACACCAGCAUCCAACACUCAAUCCUUCGCUUCCGGCCAGCCAGACAGCCCAUCAUGUCGACAAAACGCCUCGCAAAGGAACACGCCGAGCUCGACGCCAACCCCCCCGAGGGCUUCACCAUCCGCCUGCCCCCCUCGCAGUCCCUGCACACCUGGCACAUUAUCCACCGGCCCCCGCCCGAGUCCGCCCUGCACCCGGGCCAGUUCGGCCUCGUCCUCUCCCUGCCCCCCGACUACCCCUUCAAGCCCCCGACGCUCAAGUUCGUCACGCGCGUCUACCACCCCAACGUCACCGACGACUCCCUCGGCAACGUCUGCCUGGGCAUCCUCAAGAGCGAGAACUGGAAGCCCAGCACCAAGAUCAGCGCCGUCCUCGACGCCGUACGCAACCUCAUGAUCGAGCCACAGCCCGACGACCCCCUCGAGGAGCGCAUCGCCGAGGAGUAUAGAAGGGACAGGCCCGCCUGGGAGGAGAAGGCUAAGGCAUAUGUCGCCAAGUACGCCAUGGACGAGCCCGAGUUUCCCGCUUCGGCAUCGUGAUGUAGGAAAUGGGCCAUCAUGUAAAGACUACCAUACAAACAAGCAAGUACAGAGACAGACAGACACAUUAGCGGCGAUGCAUGAAUAUAACCGUAUGAGGAAUG